UUGUGUGCCAACAUGACAACUGCAAUGGAUCUAGGCGGUCCGCAAGAAGUAUUAACAAAUAUACUUACACAGGAGGAAUUGGAACAGACACCGAAAAAUGUACAAGACAAAUUGAAGAAAUAUCUAGAUGAGUUCUUCGAUGAAUAUUACAAGGAUAAAGCAGCUGCAAAUCGACUACACGAUUAUGAAUUAAAAACGGAUGAAUUGCAAGCCCAAAUACAAGACUAUGAAGUUAAAUUCAAUGACAAAAAAGCCGUAUGCGAUGAACGUGAUCAUUUGUUGAAGGUGAUCGAACGUCAUAAUAGUGAAAUUGAACGUCUGCAACAGGAUCUUAAAGCAUAUCAACAACAAUUGAAGUCAGCAAUUGCAGCAAAAUGCGAAGCGCUGGCCCGUGUCGAUGAAAUCGAAAGCAAAGAAGUUACGCUGGAUUUCAAAGAACGCCGUAUGGAACAAGAACGUGAUAUGUUGCACAAACAGAUACAAAAUCUAACACAGGAUUUGAAUCGUAACAUUUCCGAACUGCAGAAUAUACGUCGGGAAAAUACCAUGAACAGUAUGCAGCUGGAGGCACGUCUCUCGGAAAAGACUGAAGAAUUGAAAAUUGUACAAAUCCAAUGUACCCAAUACAAGGAGACGAUAGAGCGUUUAACGCAAAAUGUCCAGGAGUUGUCCCAGAAAAUCUUGGCCCAAAACGAGGAGGCUCAGAAGAUGAUGGACUACUACAAGAAGGAAUUGGAUGCUAAGACCAAAUUGGCUGAUCUCUAUAAGAGUAAUUGUGAAGAUACCGAAAUGGAGCGUACCGAAUUGACAACAGCCAUAUCCGAUUUGAAGAGAAUGUUGGCUGAGGCAAGUGAUCAAUAUGGGGAGCUGGAAACUAACUUCAAGGCCACCCAGUUGCGACAUGAACAGGAAUUGGAUGAGAAACAGAAGAAUAUCGACGAGCUAAAGGAAGAAAUCAAACAUGCCAAUGAAUUACUCAAGGAAUUGAAAAAUGAAAGUGUGGAGAAUGCCAUUUCGAAAUUGGCACCCACUGCUGUGGCAUCACGACUCAUACGUGCCGAUAUGUCUUUGACCGAGUUGUAUUCCUUGUAUGUAAAGACCAGUGAGGAAUGUGAAUUGCAGAAACGUGAAUUGGCACGUUUGAAUUUGCAGCUCAAGACCAUAUUAAGUGAGUUGAAUGAAAAUGCUCCCAUGGUCAAGAAACAGGAAUUAGAAUGUGAGAAAUUGUUGGAGACGAAUAACAUUUUGGCCCAACAAAGAGAUGAAAUGUUAGCCAAGAAAACAGAUUUGGAAGAAUUGUUGGUUGAGGCUCAUGCCAAGAUAAGCCACAUGGAUAGAGAGAAUCGUAAAUUGAAACAUUCCCAAACUGAUCUUAGUCGCCAGGUGUGUUAUCUACUCAAGGAAGUGGAGCAAUUGCGUAUUGGUCUCACCUCGGAGGGUGCUUAUAUGAGUGGUUCUUGCGGCAAUCUUAGUACCACUGAUGAAGUUAUUUCCAAGAAAUUGGUUACCUUCAACAACAUCACCGAACUGCAGGAGAAUAAUCAGAAGUUGUUGCUAUUGGUAAGGGACUUGAGUACCAAACUGGAAGAGGCUGAAACCCUUAAACAGGAAAUAGACGAAGCUUCCUAUCAAGAGAAAUUGGAAAAUUAUGCUGCCAAGUUCCAAAGCAUGCAAGACACCUUGAAUCAGCAAAAAAAUACUGUAGCCACUUUGGUUUCGAAGUGUGAACGGUACAAGAAAUUGUACUUUGAAUUGCAAAGGAAAUUGAAUAAACAAUCCACCUCGAUAGUUGAUGAUAUUAGCGAUAAUGAUGAGGAACAAAUGCAGGAUGAUGAUGGCAAUGAAUCCAUGAAUGCCACUGGACAAUCAACAACCAUGAACAAGAGUUCCCGAGCGGGAAGCAAAGAACAAGAGAAACGCAUUAAGGAUUUGGAACAACAGCUACAUGAAGUCAAGGAACAAUAUAAGACACUGAAGGAACAAUAUGAAUACUACUCCAAGGAAAAGAAGAAUAACGAGAAAUUGCUCAAUGAACAAUUUGAUUCGAUGCGUUCGGAAGUUCGUGAAUUAACCUCAACCAAUUGUAAAUUGAUGUCUUCGUUGGAAUAUACCAAGGAACAGAUUAAACUGCAGCAAAAGAACAUUGCCACAUAUAAACAGCAAAUUACUGCUUUGGAAGAUCGUAAUAAGAACUACGAGAAUACCAUUGUGAAACAUGAAAAGACGGUACUCUAUCUCAAGGAUGAGAUAAUGAAAUGCCAACGCCAACAAUCUGCCGCAGAAUCCGAAGCCAGUCGUGUUAGACAUGAAAAUCGUAUACUCAAGGAUUCAGUGGGUCGCCUGCAGGCCGAAAAGGAAGCCUACCAUCGUGAACAACAAAGUCAAACUUUGUUGCUUAAUAAUUUGGAAUUGAUUAAGGCCAAUUUGGAAAGAUCUGAGACAGAAGGCAAGGCGCGUCUUGAGCAACGUUUGGAUGAAACCGUACGGGAGUUAUCUGCCCAACGUAGAAGAUUCCAAGAGGAAGAGGAUCGUUUCCGUGAAACAACCAACGAUUUGAAACGUCAAACCGAAUCAGCCAAGAAACUAAUGCAAGAAGAAAAGGAACAAGCCGAUAAGCUGCGUAUGGAAUUGAUAAACGUACGCGAAGAACUCACCACAAAGACCCAUCAAAUCGAAAAA